AUGUCUCGUCCAACGCUCAUCAACCUCCCGCCUCCACCCUCGGAGCCUCCUACGCCGUCCGAGAUGGGCCCGGGUACUCCAAACUCAGGCACUACCUCCCUCUCCGGUCUCUCAACCACCGCAAUCAAAGAUGGUCAUCAAGGAAAACUCCGUCCCCAUAGCCAUCGGCCCCGUCGCCGCUCUUCAGAUGCCUCGCAAACCUCCACAGACACCCUGGCCGCAGAACGCGCUGAUCGCAUCUCACGCUUAGCUGGCCUUGAAAGAGUAGCGGCGUCACGAAGCCCCGGAGAAGAUCCUCCAAGUGGAGCUCCACCCGGUUACUUCGACCACACAUACGCACACUUGCUCCUAAAAGAACGUAGCACCGUUGGCAGCGCUAGCGCCACUGGAAGCGUUGGAGGCCGCACAACCUGGGCCAGCGGAAGUGACAUCUUUGAUCAAGACAAGCUAAACGACGACGACGGCGUCUCCAGCACGGGAGGCCUCAGCGACGAGAACGCCAGCCUCGUCGGGUUUGGCGAAGGCGCAAACAGCACCAUUAGCGGCCCGGUAUCCACAGGUAUCAACAGAGUGUCUGUUGUAAGCCGCCAAUCAUCCGGAGUCGGAGGCAACCGAGCUUCCUCUGGCCAGGCUGCCGCCGCCUAUUCACCCCAACCCGCCGGGAUCCCACUCUCGUCGCCCUCCCCUGCGGGGUCGAACACGCCGCAGGGCCUCGACUACGAUGCCAUAGACGACGCACGCAUGGUCGACGGGAUAACUUUCGACGAAGACAUCGUUGACACGACAGUCCGGCCACCUCUCCCCGUUAGUAGCGGCAAACCCGAUCGCGGGUGA